AUGGAGAGCCAGCUGGAGAGAGCGAGAGAGAGCCAGAGGACGCAGAUCCAGCAGGCAGACAUGGCGCUGGAGCAGUUCAAGAAACAGGUGGAACUCAGCUCUGAGAAGACCUACGCUGGCAUGAAGCUCCAGAUGGACAAGGUAGAAGAGGACCUGAUCCGCUCCAAGUCCCUCAGAGAGAACCAGUCCAAAGAGUUCUCCCAACAACUCGAUGCACUCAGACAGAAGUAUGAGCAGCAGAUGGCUGAGCAGCGCAUGCAGCACGAGCAGGAGAGAACGCGGCUACAGCAACAGCACAGCGUGGAAAAGGACAGCCUGGUCCAGGAGCGCCAGUGGGAGGUGAGCAGCCUGGAGAGGCAGGCCAGGGCAGCCCUGCAACAGCACCAACAGAACACCCAGGAGUGGAGGAAGCUCGACGCCCAGACGAUUUCAGAUUUGGAAUCUCAGUUGUCGAGUCUAAGUGAGGAUCUCCAUGGAGCCAAUGAGAAGCACAAGCAACAGUUGGCUGAGAUGGCGUUACUCCGGGAGGAAGAAAAACAAAGAGAAUUCCUGGACAGAGAGGCAUCGUUGGACCGGCUCCGCUCGGACAUGGAGCGCAUCCGCAGCGACCUUGAGGAAAGCCACCAGCAGGAGAAGGACGCGGCUCAAGAGAAGGCCAACAGCAGGUUGAAGCAGAUUGAGAAGGAGUACAGUCAGAAGCUCGCCAAGUCUGCCCAGUUAAUUGCGGAGCUACAGACAUCUUUAUGUUACAUGAAGGAGGAGGCUGUUCGUCAGCAGCAAGCAAUGGAGAAGCAGUUGGAGGAGUCCAAUGUCCGAUGGGAUGAGGAGAGGAGGACAAUAAAUCACCACGCCGAUCGAGCCAACAAGGCUCUGCAGGAAAAGGUGGAGAGUCUACAGAGGCAGCUGCACAGCUCGGAGAAGAAGCUGCUCAGCAAAGAGCUGGAGUCUGAAGAAAAGGUGACUGUGGUGCGUCAGGAGUACGAGAAGAAGAUCAAGGGUUUGAUGCCGUCAGAGCUCAGAAAGGAGCUAGAAGACACCAUCAGCUCUCUGAAGGCUCAGGUGAACUUCCUUCAGAAGAGAGCCUCUCUGCUACAGGAAGACCUGGAUGCCUGUCGCAGCAGGAGGUAACCAUGGGAGAACAGCCUGACCCCUCGUCGGAAAAUGAAGGAAACGACGUCCAAUCAGAUGUGAGCAUUAUUGACGGUUAAAAGUAUUUUACACAUCUGUCGUGCCACUGUUCCCGUCAUCUUUUUAUUUAUUGUGCUGUUGUCUGUCAUGGUUUUAUUGAAGUGUAAACUAUUUAUACAUCGUCAGACUUCAGUUUGGAAUUUACAUAUUUAUGUUAACAACAUUGUUUUAUACUUUUUAAUAAAAAACAU